UCACUUUCCUCUCAUAUCCAUUAGAGUGAGAGAAAGAGAAACAAUGGAGGGCAAAGAAGAGGACGUGAAUGUGGGAGCCAACAAGUUCCCGGAGAGGCAGCCGAUCGGAACGGCGGCGCAAACGGAGAGCAAGGACUAUCAAGAACCACCUCCGGCGCCGCUUUUCGAGCCCGGCGAGCUCAAAUCUUGGUCUUUCUACAGAGCCGGCAUUGCAGAGUUCAUCGCCACUUUCCUCUUCCUCUACAUCACCGUUUUGACAGUCAUGGGCGUCAAAAGAGCUCCCAACAUGUGCGCCUCCGUCGGAAUCCAAGGCAUCGCUUGGGCUUUUGGCGGCAUGAUCUUCGCUCUUGUCUACUGUACUGCCGGAAUCUCAGGAGGACACAUUAACCCGGCAGUGACAUUUGGUUUGUUCUUGGCGAGGAAGCUGUCUUUAACCAGAGCUGUCUUCUACAUAGUAAUGCAGUGCCUUGGAGCUAUCUGUGGUGCUGGUGUGGUCAAGGGUUUUCAAUCAGGACCGUACCAGGCAAAUGGCGGUGGAGCUAACGUGGUGGCUCAUGGCUACACAAAGGGUUCAGGUCUCGGUGCAGAGAUUGUUGGCACUUUUGUUCUUGUCUACACUGUUUUCUCUGCUACUGAUGCCAAGAGAAGUGCCAGAGACUCCCAUGUCCCUAUCUUGGCUCCGCUUCCAAUUGGGUUUGCUGUUUUCUUGGUUCACUUGGCCACUAUUCCAAUCACUGGAACCGGCAUUAACCCGGCAAGGAGUCUUGGAGCUGCCAUCAUCUACAACAAGGAUCAUGCUUGGGACGACCAUUGGAUCUUCUGGGUCGGUCCAUUCAUUGGUGCUGCUCUUGCUGCUCUGUACCAUCAGAUAGUCAUUAGAGCCAUUCCUUUUAAGUCUAAGAGAUAAAUCUCCGGACGUAUUCUAUGAUCGACUCGAAUCAUCACCAAGCUUAAAGUGUAUCAAUCUUUUAAUUCUAUGUGCAUUCCUUUUAUUUCUUAUUCUACCACUGGAGUUAGGUCUUGUAAAGUUGUAUGUAUAAUUUAUUAUGUACCAAUGGAAUUGUAUCUUGUUACGUUUGUAUUGUAUAUGUGCAAGUAAUUAUGUCAAUGGAAUUGUAUCUUGUUACACUACAUUUUCUUACA